AUUCUCAGCGGGGCGUCUGGAAUCUGGGUCCUAAUGGUUCCCUCGGACUCGCAUGAUCUGGGCGAUUCCUGGAUAGAAGUCACUCCACAAAGUUUGGGUUACAACCAAAAUGGUUCUAGUUAUUCAGGUUCCCAGGAGCCUGGGGGUCUCCAUACCAUAGUUGAAGAAAGGUUACUAAGUCUCUUCCUCUCAGAAGCCCAAGAACAUUCAGACAGGGCAAGCGAUGGUUCUCUGCCUAGCCCAUUAUCACACGACGAACUUCACAGUGGUGAUACAUCUGAACAAUCUCACUCUACGUAUCAAAAUAUAAGUAUGACCAAAUUCCCCACUGCGAGUUUUCCAACUGACUUUCCAGUUACAAGCUCUGGAGAAUGGGCUAGUCGACCUGAAAUUGGAGCGUACACUGCACUGGCAUGUCAGACAAAUGAUUCUAAAGAAAGCGUAUCCAGUCCUCCUAAUUGCUCAUCUCCAAUUAACGGCUCGUGGUAUCUACGCAACUCGGCUUUUAUGAAAUCGCGUUUCAUUGGUUGGUUGCUUGAUCAUAUUCCAAAUAUAUUAAGCCAUGCGACUACAUUCCUGUUGGGAGCAAUUACAUGAGAAUUCAACAAAUGAACUUCACAAACUUAUUACUAAAUAAUGCGUGAAAUCCAUUGUGGUGUGUGCUACUGAUGUCGACAGAUAUAGGUACUAUGUAUCAUCAAUUGAAAGUAAAAUGCCUGGAGGCAGAAGGUCAAGGAGAUCAAAGAAAAGAGAACGAGAACAAAGAAUGGUUGGUGUAGAAAUGAAAGAACAUUGAAGUCUGAGACAAUUGUUUGACAGUUUGUAAAUGAAGUAUUUACUGUAUGAUUCUCAGAUUUCACUAAAAUGUUCUGUAAUUUU